AUGACUUCGACAUUCGAUCGCUGCGUUCGAGUGGUGCUGCUUGCCGUAUUGCUGCAUCUUUGCUGCGUCGGAAGCAGUGCAACCGAAGAACCAUCUUCGACGGCCACAAACCUUACCGAACGAAAGCAUCCGCCUGGGAGCAACUCCUCUGCAAACGACGGUCCAUUUUCAGAGCUUCCGAAACCAAUCUUACGCUUUCCGAACCCCUCCACGCCAAUCCCCGACGAAACGGAAGUGUCUCCAAGAAAGCAUAAAACGCGCCGCAAGGGUGGUGGUGGUAAUGGUGGUGGUAAUGGACACCGGAGCAAGCCGAAGAAACGCAAAACGGCCAUGCAGACGGCGCUGCACUCUGCCGCCCGGAAGGGACUGGCCGCGAUGAUCGAGCUGUACGAUCGGCAGGAACCGGACAUGCUGAAGCGCGGUGCCGUUCUGGCGGCGGACGAUCCUGGAGCGCUGCUGGCUCAGUUUAGCGCCUCAAAUCAGACGGAAAUGGACGCAAAAGCCGCCUACGCGGCGCUGGUGGCGGCGAAAAAGUUCAAAGAAAGCACCAACGUCGAGUACGUGGCCAUCGGGCGACAGGCGCCACCGAAAAUUUCGCUGAAGAGAACGCCGCUGGAGAAGCUGUGCCCGUCGCGGGAGACACCACGGUGCGUUCCGGCCAGUCUGCGCUACCGGACGCACGACGGGACGUGCAACAAUGGCCAGCGACCGCGCUGGGGCUCGUCCCAGAUGCCGUUCCAUCGGUUUCUGGCCCCGGAGUACCAGGACGGCGUCGAGGGCAUACGGCGCUCCGUUACCGGUGCCAACCUUCCCUCGGCACGCUUCGUCAGCCUGGUGGUGCACGGGUCGCGCAACGAAGAAGCCCCCGUGACGAUGAUGCUCGCCCUCUGGGGUCAGCUGAUCGACCACGACGUGACGGCCACGGCUCAACCACGCAGCCUUAACGGCUCGACACCGCGUUGCUGCAGUGGCGGUGAGGAAAGCUCACACCCAUCCUGCCUCCCGAUCAAGGUGCCCCAGGACGAUCCUUGGCUGUCGCAUCUGGGCGUGCGGUGUCUAGAGUUUCUCCGGUCGGCACCGGCCCAGCGCCGCGACUGCCUGCUGUCCUGGCGCGAGCAAACCAACCAGGCCACCUCGUUCCUGGACGCGUCCUCGAUCUACUCGAGCAAUCCGCGCACCUCCGACAACGCGCGUAUCUUCCGCAGCGGGUUGCUGCUGUUCGGGCGUGGUCCCCCGCACGAGGACGUGUGCUUCCGGGCGGCGCUGGCCAACCAGUGCAUCCGACCGGGUGACAGCCGCAGCGGCGAGCAACCGGGCCUGCUGAUGAUGCACAUGAUCUGGGUGAACGAGCACAACCAGAUCGCGACGCGCCUGGCCGACCUCAACCCGCACUGGAGCGACGAGAAGGUGUACCAGGAGGGGCGCCGCAUUGUCGGGGCCCUCUUCCAGCACAUCACCUACCGCGAGUUCCUGCCGCUGGUGCUGGGCCGCGAGGUGUGCCGGCUGUUUGGGCUGGAGCUGGAGACGAGCGGCUACUACCGGGGGUACGAUGCCGCCGUCAAUCCGACCAUCGCGAACGAGUUCUCGGCGGCGGCUUUCCGCUUCGGCCAUUCGCUCAUCCAGAACACGUACAUGCGUGCCGACCGGAACCACCGCUUCAUUGCCAACAACGUUAGUCUGCACGAGGACACGGCCGAGGGCGAUUUCGGAGGACCCGGCUCGUUACACCGGCUCCUCCGGGGUAUGGUCAACCAGCGGGCCCUCAAGCGUGACGAGUUCAUCACGGCCGAGCUGACCAACCAUCUGUUUCAGACGAAAAGCUUCCCCUUCGGACUGGAUCUGGCGGCGAUCAACAUUCAGCGGGGUCGUGAUCAUGGCCUUCCGGCGUACGUCAACUGGCGCGGACCCUGUGGCCUGUCGACGGUCAAGGAUUGGCUCGACCUGGACCGCAUCAUGGGCCCGGCUUCGAUGAACCGGCUCCGGAAGGCGUACCGCACCGUGGACGACAUCGACCUGUUUGUCGGAGGGCUGGCUGAGCGGCCAGUACUGGGUGGAAUCGUGGGACCAACGUUUUCCUGCAUCAUCGCGCAGCAGUUCAGCAAUCUGCGCAAGGGUGACCGGUUCUGGUACGAAAACGGCGGCUUCGAGUCGUCCUUCACGCCGGCCCAGCUCGAGUCGAUCCGUCAGGUGGCGUUCUCGCAGGUGCUCUGCCGGGCGCUCGGCGGUGGCGGUACGCUGCAACCGUUCGUCUUCCUACCGCCAGACUUUGGCCAGAACGAGCGGUUGCCCUGCGAGUCGCGCCUGAUGGCUCCGAUCGACCUCAAUCCGUGGCUCGAGCGGGAUCCCUUCAACAACGACAAAGGAGACGACGAGGACGACGACAGCGACGAAGACGAACAGACGGACGAGGAACACGCGACGGACACGGGCAACGACCUCGACUCCGCACAGUCCACCACGAGCACGACCCGACGCCCGGCGACACUCUUGGGCCCAUCGAGCAACGUCAUCAACAAGGUAGACCUCGUGACGAACGGCAACACGGGGCUCCAGAGCCGACCGCAGCUGACCGUAGGACCGACCGUGAUCAUAAGCGACAAACUUGACCUCAAACCGACGACCUCCACUGCCACGACGACGGGCGCACAGGUGUCCACCGCGAUCGACCACAAACUGGACCUCAGGCCGACCACGAAACCGACCUCCAAACGUAAACCGACGCGCAAGCCGACUACCAAGCGACGUCCGACGCACACGGCAUCGUUGGUGAGCAACAAUUUGGACUUUUCCGGAACUCGCGCGAACACCAACGGGACCACACGACCGGAUGGGCAAGGUGCCAAGAAGAAGAAGGGCAGCAGGACGCGACGGACCGUGGACGAGGAAGAGGGACGUGGGAAUGGGUACUAUCAGACGCCGGAACCUUCGACCGACUAUAGCGACUACGACGAUGACUACUACGAUGCACAACCGCCUUACCUUGCUUACGGCUAUCACCGACCAACGACCACGACUACGACCACGACUACGACAUCCUACUAUCCGUACUACUAUUACAACACGGAACCUCCGACACCUCCAAACCCUUACUUUGACACCCGUAGACCGCAACCACUAAGGACGACGACUCCCCGACGGAGAGUCCCGGACAAACUGACACAGGUCGACAGAGACCCACAGCGACCACGGACGACCACCGCUAGAACUCCGACUCAGAGACCGUCCCACAAACCCCCACCAGCGCACCACCCUUCGCACACUUCCGUCUUUUCGGUGGACUUUAAAAGCCUUUCCCACGACGCAGGACGUAGUUUAGUAGCUCUUGGCGAUCCUUCUAACAUCCGACCAAUGAACGAAUCUGCUAACGCACUCUUCACCGGUUCGAACGGGUCUUCCACUAUCUCUUCCACUUCUGUCUCUACACGCUCUUCUACUUCCUCGGUCGUUUCUUCUUCCUCUUCUGCUUCUUUUGUCGGUGGUUCUUCACCGUCGGUCACACGCACCUUCCUUCCGACCGGCGAUCUACCUAUGAAACUAUCCGAAUCUUUCUCUACCUACGACUACGACAACGCCGACUACGACGAGACGCGACCGGACCGACUCACGCAACGACCGAACACGCACGCCACCGACGGCACAGACUUCGGUCAGCUCGAAGACCACGACGGAUACUUAAGACCGGAACAGACACACUUCGAACCACUCGUACGCGACCGUGACGUGACCGGUGCGCACACGUACCGUGACUACUGGACGCCGGACCGGACAAAGACGCGGACCUACGCCGACCAGCUGGACCCGAACGCCAGACCAUUGCACGCGGACGACGGACCGAACACUGACGUGUACCGACGUUACGCCCCGGGACAUGACGGACAGCUACUGGUGGACGAGUACUCGGACAAAUUCGUUGGACUGCUACUGGACGUGGACGGACGGGACGGGACGGCGGGUGACCAACGGGAGACGAAACGAAAGCGAAACCGACCGGAGCCACGCUCCAUCCGGGACGGGACGGACCGGGACCGGACCACACUGACCAAGCUGAAAGACAAACGACCAAACAACCACCACCGACCGAAGGUGCCGGUUCCGAAGAAACCGGCCGCCAUCUCGCUGGUUCCGUUCGUCCUGCUGACCAGCAUAGACAGACCGGACAACUGGGUGAUGUACAACUCGAAACCCUCCAAGCGGCGCAAGCCACCAAGGGCGGUGCCGCUGCUGAAGAGUGACACGUUUUCGCUGAGCGAGUUCCCGUCACCGAUCGCCGACCCGGACUAGCGGGGAAAGCGGAACAUCCGCACUAUCGUUUAACGUUUAAUCAUCAUAUAAUUAUUUAUUUAUUCAAAGCACAUUCAUGAAAAACAGCAAAUGAAGU